CAAAACCUUUCUCCUUUGUCUGAACUGCGCUUCGCUGCGCCCUGGAAACAGCUGAAGUUCCCCCAAGGCUUGGAAGGGGCUUGGGUGGGUGGGAAACGAGCUCUCUCCCCCCCCCCAGAUCUGCACCCCCUCUCCUCGACCCCUCCCCCUCUUUGGGUUUUAACCCACCCACCCUUCUUCUGCCUCUCCCCCACCUGCUUGCUCCUUAGCUCCAAAUCACCUGGGGGCAGGUGCAUGCCAGCCACCUCUCCCUCUCUCCAAAGGCGCACGGUUCGGGGGGCUCGGGCGCCUCGUCCGGGAGGGUCUCCAUGGCCAGCCGCCGGGCCGUGCCCACCCCUUCGCUGUGGUCGGGCCACGAGCGGCUUCGCAUCGGGGAGCGUCUCCAAGCCAGCCUGGCCGGGCUCUGGGAACUGGAUCUCUUGCGCGAGAUGCAGAAAGCCAACGUGGAGAGUGCCUUGACUGGGUCGGAGCCCCGAUCGGAGGAGACCAAUGGCUUCAGAGUUGAAAAAUUGACCCAUCUCAACGGCCCAAAGCUGGAGCAGAACAAAGCAGGAUGUGGGGAGGAAAAUUGUGGCUUGUACGCCUCGUCGGAGAACAUGGAGUUGUGCGUUCACGCCGAAGAUGGUGCGGACAAGGAAGGUCUGGGGCUGAGGAUGAUGGGUGAGGAGUCCAAGAAAGUCAGCCUCAACGGAGGAGACACCGCGGAAGUGCUAGAAGCCGAUUCGAGACCCAGUUCAGGGUUUUACGAAACCAGCGAGAUGGGGUCCCUCUCGGAUUCCUGCGCCUCGGUGCACAGUGACGGAGCGGGGGCCUCGCGGUGUAGCAUCGGUUCCCUUUCUCACCUGCCCGGACUGCGCGAGAACGGCUUCAUCCGGCCGCGAUCCACAGACGAGGCUACCGUCCGGUUCCUUGACCUCCAGCUUCAGCGCCUGACCUUCGCCAGCGUAGCCGGGACCGAGAACCGACGUCCGGUGUCCACUGGUGACCUCGAGUUCCUGUUGGGCCUUGGCUCCCUGCCCCUCCCGAGACCCCCGAAUUUCCAGCUUCUACGGUACAAGUCCGAUCUGGUUUCCCGAAAAACCAACGAAGUGUACCACUACCCCAGUCCUCUCCAUGCAGUAGCGUUACAGAGCCCUCUCUUCACCAACGGCCUCUCUCAAAGCUCGUCCCAGGAAGAUCUCGACGAGACGCCUCCCAAGGUUCCCAGAUCCGACUCUCCCAAGAGAGACCUUCUCUGCUCUGGGGAACUCCCGAAGAUCCGCUUGGAUCAAUACAUGGCGAAAUUGGUGCUACGGUACAGGUGUCGCACCGCGGCGAGUCGGACCGAAUCGGGAUACCUCGCGGGGAAUCAGAAAAGUUUAUCCAUGACGUCCAUCUGCAGUUCGGGGCCUGUGGCUGGUCAAAUCCUGGGUCCGAUUCCAGGAUGGAAGAUCCGACGGCGGAUCUCCACUUGUUCUCACUUGCGUUCUCCUGAAGGUUCAGAGGGAGCACGAGAUUCCCGGGUCCUGGAUGGGUUGUGGGACUUCCCGCCAUUCCCAGAGAUCAACUCAUUUCAAUCGAGUACCACCAACCUGGUUAAACCUAGCGAGUCAUCUGUUAUGUCCCUCCCGACACCGCAGGAUCCUUCUGUCAAACUCGUCCUGAACAAGCCAUCUGCCGCGCCGGAUAGAAAAAUUUGGGCAGCAGUGCCCCACCAACUGAUAAUCAAGACGGAGUCCUCUUUGAGGAAGGAGACAUCAUUGCCGCGGGACGUGACUGGCGUCGACAAGCUCUACAAAGGCAAACACGCUUCGCGGGAGUUGGUAAAAACUUCCGAGCGAGGCGAGAAGGCAGCCGAGAGAAGCUGGUUGAGUCCCCGCGAACUGCUCCGCAGAUUGAGUCUCCGGCGCAAACCAUCAUCCCGCGUGGUGGGCAGGGCCCGAGCCAGUUCAGAAAUGAACGUCCAUGCGGCCGCGGGGCUGGUGUGUCCCAGCCAACUUCAACCCAACCGAGGGAAGGCCGUCAAGCCGAAAUGGACAUCGGUGCUGGAAAUUUCCAGCAAGUCCUCCGGACGCCAUCGGGCGAAAGCAGGGACGUUCCUACCACCGGUCGUUUUGAACCGCAACCUUGCCUUUUCCUCCGACGCGCCGGCAACCUUCGGCUUCCCGGAAGACGGUCAUUUUGACCUGCCACCUGGGCAACGGGCCGGACAUCCCGGCCACGGCUCCAGGUUGAGCAAGGUGGAAGCGACCAGCGCUGUCAGCCUGAAUGGGGACUGGAUGUUCCACCAGCUCGGAGACCCAUGGCUGCACGGUUCUGCCACGUUGGAUUCAUCCAAUCUGCCUCCUCACAACUUUAAGCUUCGACGCAGCCGUUCCUUCAAAGAGCUGAAGAAGAUGGUGUCUCGCUCCUUCAAGAGUUCCCGAACUGCCAAAUACUAGAAAAAGAGAGAGAGAGAGGGAGAAAAAACGAGACAUUUGUUUGGGACGUGCGUGAAAGAUAAAUUCAUGUCUGAAUGCGUUGGGCCAGGGGGGGGGGGGGCCAGCUUGUUUUUUGGUGCGUUCGUGUUGCAAAAUUUUCCUCUCUUAGUUUGACGACGGCACGGCCUCCUGCACGAUGGUGUUCUUUCCCCAUGGCAGUGUCCUGAAUUUCUGCCGAGGACGUCCUGAAUUCAAACGUUAACCUCUUGAGACGUGGGACGCUGACGGUCCCGCACGCAAACCAAAGCUGAACUUGAACUCGAGACCUCCCGUGAAACCACACACACCCCUCUCCCCCCCAGAGAUGUUUCCUAUCAGCUCACUUUGAACUGGCUUUCUUAACGUUGGAGCGAGGAGCACAGAAGGGAUAGAAAAAAAAAGUCACGUUGGUUGAAGUUCUUGGUUGGACAAUGUGUAGUUCUCUAAUGUUUGCCACGGAUGUUUGUUUUAUUGCCAAGUGUUGUUUUUGGGUUCUUCGUACACAAUAAAACCAAAAAGAUGUUG